AUGGUAUGUCCCACUCCCUGCCGUUAGCCGUUGUUGUAUCCUGUGCUACUGAGCAGAUAUGUGGCGAUACCAACUAGCUUCACACUGGCGUUGAAAAAAAUAAUAAAAAGCCACGAAAAGAUGCGCCUUCACGGGAUUAAAACAAUAAAACAAACGACAAGAAGUCUGGAAAAACUUUGUCCAACUGUGUCCAAACUUUGAUAAAGACUACAAACCCCAAAAUCACUUCCCUACAGUUUCGAGUGUGUUAGCAUUGCUUUAACACUACUGGCCAUUGGACGCGUUUUUUGUUUUGUUUUGUUUUUUCCCUCCUGGAGCAGUCCAGUCUGAUGAAUUCACCGAAAAAAGACGGAGAUGAUGAUGUGCCCGUUAAAGACCCGGUAAAAUACGGCGAGUUGGUCAUUUUGGGGUACAAUGGCUCUCUUCCAAGCGGAGACCGUGGGCGCAGAAAGAGCCGCUUCGCUCUGUACCGAAGGGCCAAGGCCAACGGCGUCAAGCCCAGCGCCGUGCACAUCCUCAACACGCCACAGGACAGCAAGGCUGUCCACAGCAGGGGGCAGCACAGCAUCUCUUUCACUCUGUCUCGUAACCAGACGGUGGUGGUGGAGUACUGCCAUGACAACAACACAGACAUGUUUCAGAUUGGACGCUCCACAGAAAGUCCCAUCGACUUUGUGGUGACAGACACGUCCGGAGGGGGGAAAGAGGGCGAAGACCCCUCCAUCGCCCCCAGCACCAUCUCACGUUUUGCCUGCAGGGUGGUGUGUGAACGCAACCCACCUUAUACCGCACGCAUCUAUGCUGCUGGCUUUGAUUCCUCCAAAAAUAUCUUCUUAGGGGAGAAAGCAACCAAAUGGAAAAACCCAGAUGGGCAUAUGGACGGCCUGACCACCAACGGGGUGCUAGUGAUGCACCCGGAGGGAUUCCCAGAGGACCCCAAGCAGGGUCUGUGGAGGGAGAUCUCAGUCUGUGGAGAUGUCUACGCCCUGCGGGAGACGCGCUCUGGUCCCAGCCGGGGCAAACUGGCGGAGGGUGAGAGCAGUGCACUACGUGACGGUUCCCUGGUUGACCUGUGUGGGGCCACCCUCCUGUGGCGUACAGGUGAGGGGCUGAUGCGUGCCCCCACACUACGUCACCUGGAAGCACUUCGCCAGGAGCUUAACGCGUCCCGGCCCCAGUGUCCCGUAGGCCUCAGCACACUGGCCUUCCCCAGCCUGCCACGCAGCCACAGCCUUGAGGAGCGUCAGCCCUGGGUCUACCUCACGUGCGGCCAUGUCCACGGACGUCACGACUGGGGCCAGAGAUCCGAGGGAGUGGAGGACCCAGGAGAGGGCGACGGUUCCACAGCCCGCCGAGAAUGUCCCCUGUGCAGGAGCGUGGGUCCCUACGUGCCCCUGUGGCUGGGUUGCGAACCUGCAGUGUACGUAGACGCUGGAGCCCCCACUCACGGUUUUGUGCCGUGCGGCCACGUCUGCUCAGAGAGGACAGCCAGGUACUGGGCUGAGACCCCGCUUCCGCAUGGGACGCACGCCUUCAGACCUAUCUGCCCUUUCUGCUCCACUGCCCUCAGCUCCCCCGGCUGGACGCGGCUCAUCUUCCAGGGCCCCAUCGACUAGUCGCAACUCCUCAGCAACCACUAUCACAAUAACAGGAAGAUGCCCGAGCUUCAUUCACGGCGCAAACGUUGUUACUGAAUGCAGCUCGAGGCUGAAGAAUCCUUCCCCUUGUUUAUCCUUCAGUGCGUGUUGAUUGGUUUAGGAUCUGCAGAACAGGUGAAAAGAAGACAGAAUAAUCGAUACUGUCAUGUGGACAGUAUGUAGUCUAAACUCCACACGGGUUAGGCCAAACUCUGCUGUUUUUCAUUCCAACCAAAUGCUACAGUUCACUGACCCAACCUUUAUCAAGAGAGGGUUCUCAUAAAGAAAUUGUAUAUAUAAUCUAUCGUAAACAAUGCUGCUUGACCCCCUUUCAAACAUAUAUUUUCACUCCAUUAUCAAAUGACACAACCUCCCACUAAUUAUUUAUUAUGACACAUGAAACAAACAGUUCUAAUCACUUCUCAUUUGUCUGUUUCAGAAGCCAUUUAUGAAAUGACGAGUAGCUUUUUGCACAUAAGAAAGGAAUGGCCUUUUUAUCUACUUACACGUCUGCAGUGCUCGUGUGUCGCACUUCUCUGCCUGAUAUCCGACCACCUCUUCAUUUCUAAAACACUUUACUGUAAUUCUGUGAAAUGCUGCUAUCAAUCAUUUGCUUUUUUUUAAUCGAUCGUGGUAGCAUUUUAUCAUACUACUUAUCAUAAAUGUGGGAGGUAACCAGGUGAGAUCAGAGGCUUGUGUUUGGAGUUCAUAGUAGAGUCAUGAAAAUGAUUUACCACAGUUAAAAUCAGGAUGUUUAUGAUAUGCAGUUCUCAUCUUUCGUCUUCAUGCAUCCUUUUAGUCUGAAAUCUAUGCAGAGAGACUCCAUAAAUGUGCAGCGUUGGGUUGGAAUGAAAAUCUGCAGACACUUUGAUUCUCUCCGGAGCACUAGAGAGAACACACUGUAUGAUCACACCACAAAUUCAGGCCCAGUGUGUAGGAUUUAGUUACCUCAUGCUGUCCUAUCUACAGCCAGAAUUUUCCUCUAGAAACAUGGUUGACUCCACGAAAGAGGGCCUUGCGGCAUCUGUAGAUAUGACAGGCUCAUUCUAAGGUAACCAAAACAUAAUGAUUCUUAUGUUCACACGAUUAUACAGCAAUGAAAACACAGUUCUUCAUAUUAUAAUCUAUUUCCAUGCCAUAUUCUGUAAAUGGAGCCCCCUAAAUCUUACACACUGGAUCUUUUAAGGCCAGAUCGUAUCUUAAUUAUCAAGCCAACAAGGAUAAGCAAGGGCUGAGGAUGAAUCUGGGUAAAAAUCCACUUAAUAACUCUCUGCAGCAAUAAUAGCACUCCCAUAGAUAAGCUAGAUGUUGUGCUAUGUUUAGCCAAGUGUUAUGUCGGCGGUCACUUCAAACAUGGCUGAAAUGGUUUCCAGGUUAAGGGCUCAACCAGAAGCGUGUUCAACGUCGUGAUUUAUUUGAUUUCCAAAUGACGUGAAGUAUAAUGUGACGUGAACCAAAGCAACUAGAAUUUCAAAAGACGAGCAACCAAAAUCUGCGAUUAAAAUACAUGAUUUAUUCAAAUAUGAAUCAUUGCAAACAACCCAAACAUGCGGACAGAAACGAGCACGUUUGGCAGCUUCUCAGUCAUGACAGCAUGCAGCAACAUAUUGCGUUGCCGCUGUUGUGUCAGUUUGAACACACUUCUGGUUACUGAAUCACGCUAAACAGGGUCCAUGUUGGUGUGACGGAGUGUCAAAAAGGUUUGACCUUGUGUAACCUCAAAAGACAACCUUUGUUUUUUUGUUUUUUUGUUUCAAAGAAAACUAUUUUGUUAGGAAAUGGGGAGGGAUUUAUUUGGGGGUGUGGGAGGAAUUCUUUUAGAUGUUCAGUAUUAAAAAAGAAAAACGAAAAAAAAACAAACUAUUUUUCUAACUGAUAAUUGGUUUUAGUUAACCGUUGUUACUCAGUGUAAGCAAGUUCUGUAUGUUUCCGAAUAUUAUCGUGUGGUAGUUCUAGGGAGAGCUUGUGAGUGAGAAAACAUUGCCAACACUGUGUCCAACAAACACACACUUACCACACUGCUACCGUUUAAAAAAAAAAAACAAGAAAAAACACACACACACACAUUGCCCAGACAAUGAAUGUAGCCAAAUACUCAGGCUAUGUUUAGCCUUUUCCCUGGUGCUCAUAUUGAAUGGUCUAUAUUGUGAUACUAUUUUUGUAACUGAAUAUUAUGGGUGUAGCUUGGUGAACUAGCUCGGAGAAAAAAAGAAAAAAAAAAAGAAUCAGACGAUUUCAAUGAUAGCCUCAAGUGUGGAAGACGUAUAAUUGAUAAUACACACUCACAUGGAACUUGUGUCUAUCUUGCAUGUGCUGAACGUACACAUACAGUAUGUACACUACACGUACACCUACUCGAAAAAACUUUGCACGGUUGAUUGCCAACCUGUUACUCAUGCUGAGAGCGUCUGUCGCAGACUAAGAUGUCUUCCGAGUCCUCAGCUGUUAAACCUGCAGCCUUCCUGUUCUUUUUUUUUUUUUUUUUUUUUUUUUUUUGGAAGACCUCUCCAAAAAGGAAAAAAAAAAGAAAACAUAGAGAGAACCUUAAAAAAAAGAAAAGAAAAAGAAAAUCCUCAUACUUGAUAGAUGCGUGACAUUUGUGAAUGAGACCUAUUGACUCCCACUUUGUACUACUAUGCGAAUAUUUUCCACCAAACCGAUUCACUGCAGAAAGAUGUCCACGACAACACCUGUUUUCAUUUUGCAUUCAGACAUUCGGAGCGUAUUGAAAGCUUGCUGCUCUUCAGCUCGACGUCUAAGUGCGGUGGAUAAUUGACGUAGUGUUGAUAAUUACUGUAGCUCAGGAUUAGUGAUUUCAGAUUCACAGCUUGAAUGAAGCCUGUUUUGGAGAGAGUCAAAAAACAACAACAUAGUAGCACGGCAUUAAGAGGACAUAGAGUAGAGGUAGAUCACCGCAGGUCUGGGAUCAGUCACAUACGGGUCUUCAUAAAGGGAUCUAGUGAAACAGGCUGUGAAAACAUCUCGAUGAGCAGCCCUUUACUAAGCACGCCAAAUCCAGUGAAUUCUGCUUCUGAAGAUAAUAUAUACAACAAUUAAUGUAACACCAUUGGCAUGUGGAUGGAAGAACCGUUGCAGCACCCUCAUUGGCUUCUAGUUUACGACCUGAUGUAUUUAUUUUUUCUGAUUUCUGAUUUGAAUUUGAUCUGAUCUUUACUUUUCUUUCCUCCUUUGAGCCCUCUUUGGGUUAUAGGUGUCCAUAUGCAAUUUCCUUUCCCUUUUUUUGUUUUUAGAUUUUAGUACCAGAUACAGUAUUUUAGUGUGGCGUCAGGUUGUUUAUUACAGACAGUAACAUCAUUAACUCCUGUCUUUUUAAUUAUAGCUAUCAAUUGACCUUCAUUCCAGAGGGCAAAAACCUCAACUUCUGAGCUCAUCUCACUGUAGACAAGUGAGUAGCUAACACGUAUUAUUAUUAUUAUACAGCAUAAAACCUCACAGUUAACAAUGCAUUCCUUUUAAAUACAUCUGUGUUAUGUACAGCUAUUUUGUAUUAUUUUAUAUCAUAUUCUUCUGUAAUCGUCCGGUGCACAGACAAUCGCUAUACACAUGUCAAUAAACCUGUUUAAAAAG